AACCCAAAAAGGAAAGUAACAUACUAGUAUUUUACAUUUUCUCUACGAAUUAAUACAUUAAUCGUGUUACCUAAUUAAUUUUGGAAAACCCAAUUGAGCAACGUGGCCGGAAAAAAACUAACGGCGGUCGGAGCCGGUUACAUCUAAAGGUUUGAUUGGAUGGAGCGCGAAGACGGUGUUCAACAGCCGUCGUCGUCGGCGGUGGUGAGGUGGAGGGACGAGGAGCAAGUGAUGAGUGAAGUUCACCUUGGCUGCCCUCCUAACCACUCCGGUCCCCAUAUCUCUCUUUUUACCAUCUCCUUACCACCUCCCCACGAGAACUCCACUUUGAGGGAACACACUGAUGCAGUUAAGGAUAUAUCAGUUUCUACAUCUACCAUGUUUGACUUAGAUGAAGAUGGUGAUCUUAUUUUAACACGUCGCAAAAAAUCACCUAGCCAUCAUCUUGCCUUGACCAUCCAGCAUAAUAUCACUUCAUCGAUUCCUAGAGUUGGUUUGCAGGUUUGGACAGCAGAACUAGUACUUGCUGAUUUUGUGUUGCAUGUGAUUUCUAUGUCAUCUGAUUUUGAUGAAGUUAUUGCAUUGGAGCUUGGUGCUGGUACAGGGUUAGUUGGUAUUUUGCUUGCCCGUGUUGCUAAAACUGUCUUCAUAACAGACCAUGGCGACGAGGUACUUGAGAACUGUGAGAAAAAUGUGGAUCUUAAUGCUGAAAUAUUCCAUGGGAAGGAUUCUGUUCACGUACGUGAACUUGAUUGGAAAGAUUCAUGGCCUCCUCAAGAGUCGAAUGCUUCACCAUCUAAACGAAGGUACAGCUGUACCCAAUCAGAAAUUGAAGAACUCAAGAAAGCUUCUCUGCUUCUAGCUGCUGAUGUCAUUUACAGCGAUGACCUGACUGAUGCAUUCUUCAUUAUCCUAAAGAAAUUAAUGUCAGACAACCCGGAUAAGGUGCUAUACUUGGCUCUUGAAAAGCGUUACAACUUCACCCUUGAUGAUCUUGAUGUUGUUGCAAAUGGAUAUUCACACUUCCGCAGUUACAUGAUCACUGGAGAAGAUGAUGCAGGAUGUAAGCAGCUUGAUUGUGCACCCGAGCCCUUCUUUGUUGGCGAGCAGAUUGAUUUGAGUCACAUUCCAUGUUAUGUAAGGGAUUACAAUAGAGGGCAUGAUGUUGAACUUUGGAAAAUUAAGUUAAAUCAUAGAGCACUCUUCUGAAUUUUGAUAGUAACAUUUCUCUUCAGUAACUUACCUUAAGGUUUGUCUUUAAGAGUAAACGUCAAUACUUACUGAAAAGGUCUUCUGACUGCAGUUGCUAAUUGCUAUCAACUUCAAAUUCAUUUUCAUGCUCUAUUAGCAUCAACUGUCACUUUUGCAAAACAGAUUAAACAACAAUACCAAAAAGGUCUUCUGACUGCAGUUGCUAAUUGCUAUCAACUUGAAAUUCAUUUUCAUGCUCUGUUAGCAUCAACGGUCUCUUUUGCAAAACAUAUUCGUAGACUGCAAGUGGCGUGUUCAUGUGGAGCAAUUUGCAGGUAUAUAAAUAACUAAGAAUAGUAGAGGUUUGAGAAAUUUGGUUUCUGACUUUUUGUAAAGAGCCAAAGAUGCGUCACAUGCAAUAUUAGAAUCUUUGAAAUGGUGCUGUUUCCAUUUGGGAACCCACUUUAUACUUUAGCUGUGCAAAAGCUAGCAAAAAGUCUUCCAGUCCUCGCCUUUCUGUUCUGUCUUGUCGUUACUUACUAGCUAAGGGAAGUUCUUUUCGUUUUCUUUUAAAAAAAUGU